AUGACUUCAACUAUACACGAGGAUGUUGUUUCCCGGCUUCAAAAAUUUUUUGAGGUUCCGAACGGUGGAGUUGUUGACGAUCCUCCUAUAAACGUUUCUGGAAAACCUUUUAAAAUAGCUCCUGUUGUGGCUGUACGUCCAGGUACAGCAUUUGUCCCAAGGCCCGUUUUUUCCACCGUAGUACCCCCUCCUCCCGGUGAUGUAGAUGUAGCAGUAGGCCCAAAUGUUGGUUAUUUAAGACAAAAGUGCUUGACUUGGAUGCGCGAACAAUAUGUUCGUGCAGUUGUUAGUAUGAAGAUUUUAGAACCAAGACCAGGGAUUCGAGAACCUACUACUGGAAUGGCAACACAAAGAUGGGAUUUUGGAAAUGUUAAAAAACAUUCAAAAGAUCCUAUCCGUGAUCCUGCUCCUUGCAAUGCACCAAACUUGGCACAUUUUCAAAUAAAUAUUCCCGUAGGUGAAGUAUUUUGGGACCCACCAGCAUUUCCUACCCCACGUGGAUAUGCACCAGCAAUUCCCCCUGUGGUUGCAGCCAACAAUUUCACUAUUGACUUGUACCGGAUACAACGAGUAGCUUUAAAAGCUGAAAU